UCACUGUUGGAAAAUAGCAUCAGGCGUAAUAUCUUUCUAAAAUAUAUCGCAACCAUGUUUGUAAAUACCUAAAUUAUCAAUGCAAAACAAUAACAUUACAACUACACGAAUGCAUAUUACCGCUCGUAAGCAGAACGCUGCCCAUGCUUAAGUAGAAUAGAUUUUUGUAUUUCCCGCAAAUGUUAUCGUCAGUUGAGGCUAUGCAGUUGUGUCACGUCUCGUUCUUCCACGCGUGUCUUUGUUUACACCUAUCUCGUAAUCCAUUUCUGUUUUGGGAAAGUAACGGCGCGCGGACUCGUGACUAAGUGGGCACCUACGUGACUCCAUGCGGCUUUCUCCGUGAAGCAUUGUUUAUAAACAUCAAUCAAGGUGUAAUGAUCUACUGAUGUUUGACUGGGUAAUGAUAUGAUGGAUGUUUUGAGGCCCCAAAUUAUCCAUAUUGGCGACCGUUGCUACAGGAAAAAUCCAUCACUGCAUAGGGAUGUAGAGGCUGACGAAGAGGAAGAUUACAACGAACCAUCAGAACCUGUUGACUGUGGUUGGAAUGAUGAAAUCUGCGACUUUCGAACACCAAUAGAGGAAACAGACAGUGGAUUCCAGUUGUCACUAGAUAUUCCUAGUGCUUUGUUCAAACACAUCAUCGGCAGGAAAGGGGAAACACGACGUCGUAUAGAAAAUGAGACACGUACCCAAAUAAGAAUUCCAAAAUCAGGACAGGAAGGACCAAUAGCGAUUGUUGGAGUUGACAGGAAAGGAAUCGUUUCCGCCAAAACUAGAAUUGAUGUAAUUGUCAGUACUGCCCGCCAGAAGGAGCAGUUCACCCACUUCCUUUCUAUCCCGGUUACCAGUGCAAAGAUAAUAGAGAAUUUCCUGGAAUUUAAAGAUGAUGUUUUACGGGAGUGUGAUGGGGACCGAGGAAUUGAUUCCACAAUAUUCCAGAAACAAGAGAAGUUGCACCUGACAUUAGGAACACUAGUGCUUCUGUCAGAGGCUGAGGUUCAACAGGCACUAGACGUUCUCCAACAGUGUCAUGAAGACCUUGUCGGCCCCAUUCUGAAGGGUCAGCGACUAGCCCCUCGUAUUCAGGGUGUUGAAUACAUGAAUGAUGAUCCUAGCUGUGUUGAUGUUCUCUAUGCUAAAUUGGAGCCGGGAGAGGAUCUAGACAAGCUGCAGAUCCUUGUGGACCGUAUUGUUGAGAAGUUCAACAUUAAUGGAUUAAUACAACAGUCCUACAGCUCAGUGAAACUUCACAUUACUAUCAUGAACACACUGAUGAGACGCGACCCUACAGGAGCCGCAGUACCUCGACCCCAAGAUAGAAGGUCACGCCCCAAUGAUUACAGAGAUCAGAGAGGAUCACAAAACAAGGAAAGGGAGUCAUUUGAUGCGACGAGUGUGCUCAAGAAAUUUGGAGAAUUUGACUUUGGUGAACAUCCAAUAAGAACAAUCCACCUGUCCCAGAGACAAGCUGUCGCUAAGGAUGGUUACUAUGGUUGUGCUGGGUCCCUUCUGUUACCAUAGCUACCAAUGGACCUGUCCCAGAGACAAGCUGUGGCUAAGGAUGGUUACUAUGGUUGUGCUGGGUCCCUUCUGUUACCAUAGCUACCAAUGGACCUGUCCCAGAGACAAGCUGUGGCUAAGGAUGGUUACUAUGGUUGUGCUGGGUCCCUUCUGUUACCAUAGCUACCAAUGGACCUGUCCCAGAGACAAGCUGUGGCUAAGGAUGGUUACUAUGGUUGUGCUGGGUCCCUUCUGUUACCAUAGCUACCAAUGGACCUGUCCCAGAGACAAGCUGUGGCUAAGGAUGGUUACUAUGGUUGUGCUGGGUCCCUUCUGUUACCAUAGCUACCAAUGGACCUGUCCCAGAGACAAGCUGUGGCUAAGGAUGGUUACUAUGGUUGUGCUGGGUCCCUUCUGUUACCAUAGCUACCAAUGGACCUGUCCCAGAGACAAGCUGUGGCUAAGGAUGGUUACUAUGGUUGUGCUGGGUCCCUUCUGUUACCAUAGCUACCAAUGGACCUGUCCCAGAGACAAGCUGUGGCUAAGGAUGGUUACUAUGGUUGUGCUGGGUCCCUUCUGUUACCAUAGCUACCAAUGGACCUGUCCCAGAGACAAGCUGUGGCUAAGGAUGGUUACUAUGGUUGUGCUGGGUCCCUUCUGUUACCAUAGCUACCAAUGGACCUGUCCCAGAGACAAGCUGUGGCUAAGGAUGGUUACUAUGGUUGUGCUGGGUCCCUUCUGUUACCAUAGCUACCAAUGGACCUGUCCCAGAGACAAGCUGUGGCUAAGGAUGGUUACUAUGGUUGUGCUGGGUCCCUUCUGUUACCAUAGCUACCAAUGGACCUGUCCCAGAGACAAGCUGUGGCUAAGGAUGGUUACUAUGGUUGUGCUGGGUCCCUUCUGUUACCAUAGCUACCAAUGGACCUGUCCCAGAGACAAGCUGUGGCUAAGGAUGGUUACUAUGGUUGUGCUGGGUCCCUUCUGUUACCAUAGCUACCAAUGGACCUGUCCCAGAGACAAGCUGUGGCUAAGGAUGGUUACUAUGGUUGUGCUGGGUCCCUUCUGUUACCAUAGCUACCAAUGGACCUGUCCCAGAGACAAGCUGUGGCUAAGGAUGGUUACUAUGGUUGUGCUGGGUCCCUUCUGUUACCAUAGCUACCAAUGGACCUGUCCCAGAGACAAGCUGUGGCUAAGGAUGGUUACUAUGGUUGUGCUGGGUCCCUUCUGUUACCAUAGCUACCAAUGGACCUGUCCCAGAGACAAGCUGUGGCUAAGGAUGGUUACUAUGGUUGUGCUGGGUCCCUUCUGUUACCAUAGCUACCAAUGGACCUGUCCCAGAGACAAGCUGUGGCUAAGGAUGGUUACUAUGGUUGUGCUGGGUCCCUUCUGUUACCAUAGCUACCAAUGGACCUGUCCCAGAGACAAGCUGUGGCUAAGGAUGGUUACUAUGGUUGUGCUGGGUCCCUUCUGUUACCAUAGCUACCAAUGGACCUUUUACAGACAUUGUAAUACGGUUAGACUGACAUGAAUAUCUACGAGAAAAAGACAAAUUAUUUGAAAUUGAGGUUGAAGAAUAAAUGUGUAAUUUA